AGACUUUCACUUUUUCUUUCCAGUUUUGGAUUACUAGGUUUCAUGUAAAUAGUCCUCCCUACCUCCUGGAUGUUAGUAGACCUCUGCCCUUUCAGUGUGUUUUGAAGUGAAAUUUCCCCUAGAGAUCUGCUUGAUUGAUGUCAAAAGAUGGCAGAGUCUGGCCCUGCAAAGGAAAAGUCCUGUGUACGGGAGGACCUGAUAAAAGCAGCAGAGGCAGCUGCUCUGAAGCUGAGCAAAGCGAUCGAACUUGGAGACAGAGAGACAGCAGCUCGCUGCACUGAGAUCCUGGUUGAGCAAUGUGCCCUGGUCAGUGUAAAGCUAAAGAAAGAGGUUUACCCUAAAACAGAAAUCCGUUUGCGAGUCGGAGUGGAAGAUUCCCAAGUCCGCAACAUUCCCAUCACUAUUAAUGUGCUCCCCUACAUGACCAUCGCAUCCCUGAAGGAUAAGGUGUACAGAGAUUAUGGAUUCCAUACCAAAGUGCAGAAGUGGAUCAUUGGCCAGCGCCUGGCAAAAGACCAGGAGACGCUGUACUCUCACAACAUUAAGAGAGACGGGGACAUGGCCUUUCUCUACCUGCUCUCAGCCAAGCAGGCCAACCUCACUCGCAGGCAACACGAAGAAGACCAGAGACUGCUUCAGCCAGGCGCCUUGUCCACAGACGGGAAUGAGGACAGUGUGGAGGCGACGCAAACUGAAGAGGUUCUUCCCGGGCUGGAGGCGCGUGGUACGCAGAACCCCGAAGUAAACAAAAGAUACCCGACACAAGAACAGCCAGCAGCCCAGCCAGCACUGCCGGUUGGAUGGGUGUGUGUGAAGUGUACGUACAUGAAUAAACCGACUCGUCCUGGCUGUGAAAUGUGCAGCGAGGCAAAGCCAGACAACUAUAAGAUCCCUGACAUUUACCAACCUGAUGAGGAGGAAGUACAGAGGAUAAAGGAUGCAGAGGACAGUUUGAAGCAUUAUAAAGAGUUUGUUGAACAAGAGCGGAAGCAAAAUUACCAGCAGCUGCUGCAGACUGAUGACCUGAACCUGAUCUCAACUGGGGAAGAUUUUGAUUGUCCAGUCUGCUUCAUGACCCUGGCUUCUGGAGAGGGCGUUACUCUUCGGGAGUGUUUGCACUCCUUCUGCAAGGAAUGUCUUAAGGGGACGAUCCUGAACAGCGGGGAUGCUGAUGUGACCUGCCCAUUCAUGGAUGAUCAGUACUCUUGUGACAAAAAAAUACUGGAACGAGAGAUCAAAUCUCUCCUGACGGAUGAGGAGUACCGGGGAUAUUUGGACAAAAGUUUAGCGAUUGCAGAGAAUCGCAGUGAAAACAGUUAUCACUGUCAAACCGUUGACUGCCGGGGCUGGUGCAUCUAUGAGGACGACGUGAACGAGUUCCAGUGCCCGCUGUGCAAGAAGAAGAACUGUUUGCUGUGUAAAGCGAUACACGAAGAGAUGAACUGCCAGCAAUAUCAGGACGAUCUGAAAAUCCGAGCUCUGAAUGACGAUGCUGCAAGGCAGACAGCGGAGAUGCUCAUUACCCUGCUGAAGGAAGGGGAGGCAAUGCAUUGCCCUAAAUGCAAGAUUGUGGUUCAGAAAAAAGACGGGUGCGAUUGGAUCUCUUGCAGUAUGUGCAAAACCGAAAUCUGCUGGGUGACAAAGGGUCCUCGCUGGGGCCCGUUGGGCAGAGGAGACACCAGUGGAGGAUGCCGUUGCCGGGUCAGUGGUGCACUGUGCCAUGUCAACUGUCAGAACUGCCACUGAGCAUUCCCACUGUCCCUGUGGGGACAGACCAAGCCAUCGAGUUCAAUCAAAACUAAUGCAGUCAUUUGGCAACAUCUACAAUACUAAUUCUGCCUGCGUUUGAAAUGUUUCAUCUUUAUGGGUAUUGUUAAAGUGUUUCAUAAACAAUCUUUGUAUACUCAGUACCGUCUAUUUGUAGGUGAGAGCGGUAGUCAAUUUGCACACAGCAAUAAAAACCCCACAAACAACCAUGAAGCGAACAACCCAUUAUAUCUGGAGGACUGGCUAAUAUCUUUUAAGUCCUACCUGAGUAGACGGGUCCUCAGUUUAAUGCACUUCCAAUAAUACAGCACCUUCAGCCUUUCUGCCCCCACCCUCUGAAACUCCACCCUCCUCCUUCAAGACUCAUCUCACGACCUUCCUCUUUGACCAUGUCUUCGGUCAUCCUUCCACCUCCACCCCUGUUGACUGCAAACCCCAGCUCAGGUGCAAACCCUUCAGUGUGGAGUGCUUUUGGAUGUCCUCUCGACAUGAAAGCUUCUGAAUAAAUUACAAUUUGUUGGUGGAGGGAGGCAUAGAUCUGAAAUGGUUGUGAGAAGAGCGAGCUCCAGAUAAAACAUGUCUAGAAUUAAAUCCAAUAUACUGGACAAAGUCACUUCUGCUUACAUACAAAUCCAAUGGGUUGACCAUAUUCUGAUCAAUUUAAAUAACUUCCUACCUUUGGGUUGAUGGGAUGAAAGUGUCUCAUCAACAACUUGUAUUUAUAUAGCGCCCUUCACACAGGGUAGAGUGAAGAUGGUUCUCAGUCAAAUGAGUUUUGGGAGUCUUCACUCAGUUCCUAGUGGGCUGAAGACCUGUAGCAUAGAUUUUGGUAUUAAAUUGGCAAUUUCACUUGAACGUUGAUUGUGGGUAAUGGGAAUGCACACACCAGAACUCACAACCUCAAAUGAGGUGGAAAUUUCAGUUUGAUUUUGAUGAAUUUGAGCCAUAUUGUGUUCUUUUUCAUACGCUUUCUUAUUGAAUAAGAAACUCCUUUUGAACUAUGGGAUUACAAUGCAAGACGUCUGUGUGGAGUAAGUUUGAUUAAAGCAAUCGAUCGCUGUAAUAAUUAAUCAAGAUGAUGUCACUUGAAGCAAGCUCGACAGCACUCAACUAUGCGUUUAGCAGCGAUGUGCGUUAGUGUUCGAUAGGUGUGGGCUGCAUUUCUUGGGUUUUAAGUGUUUUACUUGUCACAGGUGUCGGCCUCGAAGGGGGAACAUAGGGGAAAACAGAGAGGAAAAUCUCUGACAUGGCCAGAUAAGUUUUGCUUCCUCCCUACCCCCAGCAUUAAGAUUGCAAUGUUUAUAAAUGCAGCUUACUUACCAUCAACAGGAGUGUUUCAUUGGUAUUUUUUUGCCCAAUCUCACAGGAACCUGAUUGUUGCAGAACUCAAUAUUGUAGCAGUAAUGUACAACGUGUAGUUAAUUUGAGAUAAUUUGUAUCUCCAAAUCUAAUCUGGCACAAAGGUGAGCGUUCUUUUCUGUGCAUGGAAAGGCCAUGUGGAAUUUUAUUGCAAUUUAAAUAAAAAUAUUUUUGGA